UCUUAGAAUAUUUUUUUCAAGGACGGGAAACAAAGUGGAGAAAAAAAUACCUUUUUCUGUAACUUUUCUCGUUUAUAAUCCCUCCAAAACCCUUCCUAAGAUUUUACAAAUGCUGAAGACUUAAAAUGCCAAAGUUCAUAGCUCAAUUGACAGAUAUUUCUUGCUGAUUAUCAAGAUAUUCAAGUGUAAAAUUUCACCUACACUGAACGACAUUUUUAUUCUGGUAAAAGAUGAAUGAAGAAAAGCAGCCACAAGUGUAUUUGGAUUACAACGCCACAACUCCUCUAGACAGCACUGUUCUUCAAUCCAUCCAUGAUGCUCUGCGAGAUGCAUGGGGUAACCCUAGUAGCUCCCAUCCUCUUGGGCGCAGGGCAAAUGAUGUCAUCAAACAGUCACGUCAGUCCAUUGCAGAUAUGGUUGGAGCACAGAAUUCUGAGAUCAUAAUUACUUCUGGGGGUACAGAAGCUAAUAACAUGGUAUUCCUCACUGCAAUUCGCUAUUACCAAGAAUUCCUGGAAAUGUCUGAAAACCAUGCUCUCAAAGGAUCAAAGCCACAGUUUAUAAUAUCCAACCAGGAACAUGAUUCUGUUUGUCUUCCGGUUGCACAUUUUGCACAAGUCCAGGCAGCAGAGGAAUGUAUUGUUAACGUUGAAAAGGAUUCUGGGAUGGUAACUGCACAAGCCAUCAAGGAUGCCGUCAAGCCCAAUACAUGUUUGGUUUCUGUUAUGUUAGCUAAUAACGAGACUGGGAUUAUACAACCCAUUUCAGAAAUCACCCAAGUCAUUAAAAGUCUUAACAAAGAGAGAAAGUUAGCUGGAUUCCCAAGGAUUCUGCUGCACACAGAUGCUGCCCAAGCUAUUGGGAAAAUAAGAGUUGAUGUCAAUGAUUUGGGAGUGGAUUAUUUAACGAUAGUGGGCCACAAGUUUUACGCUCCUAGAAUAGGUGCCUUAUAUGUAAGCUGUCUUGGAGAGAAUUCAGGUCCUCCGUUGUUUCCAAUGUUAUUUGGAGGUGGACAAGAGAGAAAUUAUCGUCCAGGAACAGAGAACACAGGGAUGAUUGCUGGCCUUGGACAAGCAGCUCAGCUGGUGGUUGAACACUUAGAUGAAUAUCAAAUUCACAUGAAGAAGGUAAGAGAUUAUCUUGAAACUCGACUAGAAGAAGUCUUUGGCAGUGACAACAUUCACAUCAAUGGGAAGUUCCCUACAAGUGAAAGGCUACCCAACACCUGUAAUGUCUCAUUUAUUGGCAAAGAUCUCCAAGGAAGAGCUGUGUUAAGUAGAGUCAAGUACCUCUUAGCUAGCGUAGGUGCAGCUUGUCACUCUGACAGAGGAUCAAAACCUUCUCCAAUACUAGAAGCACUAGGGAUACCUUGUCAUGUUGCAAUAAAUGCCAUUAGAAUGAGUGUUGGUAGGGAAACUACUACAGGAGAUAUUGACAUUGUUGUCCAGGACCUUAAAGAUACGAUAGAUAGAAUGAAGCAAGAAGCUGGUAAUGCAAGCUAAAACGAAGAGUUAUAAAUGGUUUUAGAAUUCUAUUUUAUAAUUAUUUGAAAGUAAAUGGUUUGAAAAGCAGUCAAUCAAGAUACUGUCCCUACAUUUGGGCUGUUCCACAUCAUGUUUAUGAGACUGCCUUAAAGCAGAUCAUAGUUGAUAUUAACUAUAAACUAUGAGCAGAUUGAGUGGCUAAAUGAGGGAUAAAUCAAGGUCUGAAUUAUUUGAAAUUAGGGUUAUACAGUAAGUUGUGUACUGAGUGUAAUAGUCAUCCAGAGAGGCCUGUUAAUGAGAACAAUAACAAUGGCUGCAGUAACAGCAGUUCUUCUGAAGACAAUAUUAACAAAUAUAUCAUGCUCAAAACACUGCAAUUAUCAUGGUCAAUGAUCAUAGAUGUUUUGCUUGCUAAGAGCUCCUCUCUAUCUCAAUAGAGAUAAUGGGGCCCUCGCUAGUUGGGUGAGGUCACAGCUCAGUAGAUAAAACUGACACUCUGAUAGAAUUAUAUUAAAAAUAAAAAGAUAAAAAUGAAAGAGGAAUAUGAAAAUAUAAAAUAAAGUCAUUAUACAAGAGUUCAGGAGUUCC